CAAAUCCUUUUCCAGAUUCACAACAUGACAGCUACACAGUUCAAGUUCAUCUUUCACGCACCAGCACAUGCAGUUGAGGCAUGUAAGAAGGCAAUCUUUGCAGCCGGCGCCGGUCGCUAUCCCGGUCCUGGAAACUACACGGAGUGUUGUUGGACAACUCCGGGCACUGGCCAAUCCAGACCAGGCGACACAGCGAGUCCCCACGUUGGCAAAGUCGGUGCUUUGGAAACGGUACCGGAGAUGAAGGUUGAGACGAUUUGUAUUGGAGAAGAAGUUACUAGAAAAGUUGUUGAAGCUUUGAAGCUGUGAGUUCAUGCGGGUCCCACGUGUUGGUGUGAAUUCGACUGAUGAUGUAGUGCCCAUCCUUAUGAAGAAUCUUCAUACAGCGUGUGCAGAAUGGAGGACUUUCGAGGUUGAGAUUGGAACAAUUCGUCGACGAGACUAGGAGACAUCAUCUGGUUAAAAGUUUAGGAAUUAUGUGGAGAGAAUUAAUUGGCGAUAUUUGACGGAUAUUUCAUUGCUCAUCUUUCUGUUCCGAAUGACUGGUGGAAUUCAGUUAGCCGUGAGAAAUACGGUCUUUCGAAGUGAUAUGAGGAUCUUUCGGUAUCUACUCAGGCCCGUCAGACCAGGAAAGAAUUUCUUGGUCUGUUGAACAGAGUUCGGGUAGUUUUGGACCUACUCUCACUGUUUAUAAAAGCAAAGUUCAAGGCGGUUUUAAUGAUAGCCAGUCGUCCCAAUCCAGUUUCAUGAGGUACUUAUCCUGUGAAGCUCGGCGAAAUAAAAGUCCGACCCCUGUAAAUUCAAAAAACCUCCCGAGUCCACCCCAGAGGGAAAUACGACGCCGCAUAGAUUCUAUCGUACUUCUCCAGCCAAAGAUCAUGCCGCUGAAAAUCCCAAAGCAGCUGGCGCUCAUCGCCACAAGAGCUUCGGCGCAGCGGCAGAUGAAUGCUGUCGUGGUGUCCUCGGGUCUUAUGAAUAAGACGGUAAAGGUGCGCAUCGGAGUACAAAAAUGGAAUAAACAUAUCCAAAAGGUUUGUCUUGAUUCUUGCUCUCGUAUGAAUUGCUAGCCUCAAUUAGAUUCUGCAGAAAAAGCAUUGGCUUCUGACCCUGCCCCGAGCUUUUUCUCCUCAAUCCAUCUGCUAGUCAAGCAAUAGACAAAUGCUAACUCUCUCAGGAUUUCAACCACACACAACACCUCCUCGUCCACGACCCCGCUUCCUCCCUUCGAACUGGCGACAUAAUAAGCAUAUCCUCCGGCUGGCGCGUAAGCAAGAACGUUCACCAUGUCGUACGAAGUAUAAUAGCACCCUUCGGAGAGCCAAUUGAGGGCCGUCCACCAGUACCCACGGAGGAAGAAAGAAUAGCAGAGAGGGCACGAAAGAAGAAAGAGAAAGAGGAACGAAAGAGAGCCCGGAACGGGGGAAAGGUCAAAGAACCUGUGCAGAAGCCAGAACCUGUUGUAUUGACUGAGGAGGAGAAAAUGGCAAGAGCUAUCAAGAGGGGGCCUUCAAAGACUUGGCUGAAGAUGUGUGAGGAUCGUGGAAGACCUUGGAUUUAUAGGACGGAGAAGGCGCCAGAGAAGGAGAUGAAUGUUUCAUGAGCUUAGUGAUCCGGGUCGGAAAAGGUUGGGGGGGGGAUAUGUACCACCUCUAUAUGUACAAAAACGGAGUUUGGGGCAUGAUAUUGCUGUAUCAUAUGGUGGAAAAGCAUUAGAGGGCUACGCAUCACUCGGCACUCGGAGAGAUGAGUACUGAUGGCCAUCUAUUCUAUACAAUUUCGAUCAUCUUCAUCACAUCUUGGAAAUUCCUGCUAUGCGACCGUGUUCACCAAGUGGUGUUCUGGAGACUCUUUUAUACAUGGUCGUCACUCUCCCCCACCUACCGGCAUCAGUACUCGAGCUACAUUGGACAUCCGAUCUGGGCUUGGUGUUUCAAUAAUAUCCUUGGGACUCUGGUAAUGAUUCUUCUUUUUGCAGUUACGGAGUACCAUUGCGAAAAAAUCAAACCAUUUUCCGAGCCUGACGUAGCUACUUUGCAUGGGUAAACAACCCAAUUAGCUCAUCGCUUUAUACACCACAGCAUUUUUAAGCCCAUUCUCAUUCUCACAUCAACG